AUGGCAGCCGGAAAAAAGAUUGCCUGCAGCGUAGUCGCUGCUUUUCUCUUCUGUUUAGCAUUGGCCACCGGUGUGGCCGCCCAUGGUCGCGGCAAUCUCGGUGCCCCUGAAAUUGCAGGCCCUGGUGAAACCAUUUUUAACGUUUUAAAAUAUGGUGCCAAACCAGAUGGGAAGAAGGACAGCACAGAGGCAUUCAUGGAUGCAUGGAGAGAGGCAUGCCAAUUCAAUGGGAAAGCAAGGCUUGUGAUUCCCGAGGGGACAUUUCAACUGGGGCAAAUCACAUUUUCAGGGCCAUGCAGUGGCCCAUCUCCCAUGAUCGUCCAAGUCAUAGGUACCCUGAAAGCAAUUCCCGAUGUGAGCGAGUACCCUACUCCUGAAUGGGUCACAUUCAUAUCCAUAACUGGCCUUCGAGUUAUUGGCCGAGGCACCUUUGAUGGCCAAGGCAGCGCUGCCUGGCAAUAUAAUGACUGCCACCACAAUGCUGACUGCCAGCUUCCCCCUACGAGUAUAAAGUUCAGUAAGAUCACGGACGGGCUAAUUAGGGGGAUCAGUUCGAUAAACAGCAUGGCAUUUCACAUGUCCAUCGUCAACUGCCAUAACUUCAGGGUUCAAAGACUUCGGAUUACUGCCCCCAAAGACAGCCCCAACACUGAUGGCAUCCAUGUAAGUGAUUCGUCCUUCGUAAGGAUAGGCCAAACUACCAUCGCCACUGGUGAUGAUUGCAUCUCUAUUGGGAAAGGCGCAACCAGUAUCAGCAUCAACAAAGUAGUCUGUGGCCCUGGACAUGGCAUUAGUGUGGGUAGCCUUGGCAAGUACGAAAAUGAAAAGGAUGUGAGGAGUAUUGUAGUGAAAAACUGCACAUUAACCGGAACAGAGAAUGGCAUUAGAAUCAAGACAUGGCCAGGAUCGCCACCAAGUCAAGCUGUGGGACUCUUUUUCCAGGAUAUAAUCAUGAAUGAUGUUAAGAAUCCAAUUCUCAUCGAUCAGGACUACUGCCCGUCUUCUUGCAAGAGCAAGCCAUCCCAAGUAAAGAUCAGCCAUGUUCAUUAUCGGAACAUCAGGGGAACCUCAACCUCACCUGUUGCUGUUCAACUCAAGUGCAGCCAGCUGUUUCCUUGCCAAAAUGUCAAUUUCUUCAACAUCGAUUUGAAGUUAAGCAGCAAGCUGCCUACCACGGCUGUGUGUUUAAAUGCACAAACAGACUUCUUCGGCAUACAAAUCCCUCCGCGCUGCCCAUAG